GUUGCAGCUAAGAGUAUAUAAUUAAUAAUUCCACAAUUUCAUGGUAGUUAUGACCGCCGGCCAUCAUCUCUUUGGUAGCUUUAGCCGGAAUCCGUAAAUACCUCUAUCUGGGUAUGUCCCAUGAUCGAACUCCAGCUCCCCUCCAAACCCAAUAGGUAGGUCCCCAGCACACCGUCCGCCAUCAAUCGGAAACCCACCUUCACCAAGGAACCCAGCUAACCCAGAAACCAUUUACAGCUUUUAUUAUUGCAAUUCAAAUUCAGUGAUACUUUAGGCACUGAUAUCAUGUCAUGGCAAAGGUUUUCUAGUAGAAUCACCCUCAAUAAUUUGAAAAAUCUCGGGCGCUCCUCUCAUGAAUCCAGGUGAACAUUUUGUAUUGCUAAUAAUAAAGUACAGACCUUUACUAUCUAUGUGUUUCUUGUCUUGAUAAGAAAAACAUAGGUAAACUUAGAGCUAAAGAAAUAGGAGUGGAUUUUUCUUUUAGGAGAAGGCAAUUUACUUUUCAUUCGAAACUAUGCCCCAUAAAGUGGCAUACAACUACACUGGGCAUACCCUGGCACACUUCAUCCAUUUAUCUCCCAGUGAACAAGCUCAAAUGAUAAAAGAUAAGAUUUACUACAGAGUUUACACUUCCACAUACUCCAGUAAACAACCAUGUGUUCCUCUCAUACCAUAGGGAAUAUAUAGUUGUUGCAAAUGCAACCUUCCUUCAAAUAGCUAGCGCUCCUGUUCCUUCCUUUUGUUUCCUGCUGUAACCAAGACCAUUCAGCACCCCAUUGCAGUGGAAUAUGAUUAACCCCUAUAGGCUGUUUGUUCCUAAUGUCUUAUGUCCAACGUAUUACUUGCUCAAAGCCUCAACUGAGUCCAGGCAAUGUUCUCACCAUGAUGCUUAGAGUCUAAUGCCAAGAUGUGAAUUUAGCAUCGGAUCAUCUAAAUUUAGCAUCGGAUCAUCUAAUAAGUCUUUUGGUUUCUGUCCUUUUUGCCAUCAAUGCAUUUGGAGAUCUCCUUCCUUGCUAGGCAUUCAACAGCAUUUUUCUUCUCUUGCUUUGAUGGAACAGAAAUCAAGAAAGAUGCUCUUAUACCUAACAGCACUGGUUGGACUUACUUAUGCAGCUGUCCCUUUGUACCGGAGAUUCUGCCAAGCUACUGGGUAUGGGGGUACCAUCCAACGUCAUGAGACUGUUGAAGAAAAGAUUGCUAGGCAUGCAAAAGAUGGAACAAUCACAACCAGGAGCACUUUCUGGGCCUCAGAUUCUUUUAUAGUCUCAUGCCAAUCCUCUACAAAGAAACUAGUGAUUCAGGACUGCCUCAACUAAUCAGCUAAUAGCAUCUCUGAACUCUGAUUUCAGUGGGUUAAGGAUCUUUGCAUAAUUUCUUAUGUUUCAAAUUUCUAUCUGUAUGUUUGUGCAACUUCAAUUAAUGCAUGUAUUUUCUAGGGAUUCUUUUCUGAGGCAUAUGGAAUUUGACUUGAAUGACCGAAGGAGUAUCAGGUUUGUCUUUGUCUUGUUGAGUUCGUUAUCUCUUUCACCAGGGAGAGAGUUGUGCAGUUCAAUGCUGAUGUCUCAAAUAAUCAUGACGGUAGAUUUGUACUCAAAUAAUCAUGAGAACUUUAGUGGGAAUCCAGGACUAUUGUGUCUUGCUGCUUAAGCAUAAUUUCUGUUGGCACCAAUGGGGUCCUCCUACAUCAUUUUGGGGUUUCAUUUAUUUGUGUUUCAGCACUGGUAUUGGAAAAACUCACAUUUGGCAUGCACAUAAAGGCUGAAGCAGCAUGCAUAAUGAUACGUGUAUCAGGAUCAGGGAGGAAAAUAGAUAUGUCCCAUGGUGGUUGAUCUAGUGGUUAAGAAUUUGAAUCACAAUGUUGGAGAUCCGAAAUUCAAAUCCUGGGGUAGGUGGGGAGGGGUUUCGAAAGGGAAGGGCUGUCUCCUAUUAUAUAUCUCGUCGGCUGAUGUACCAAAAAAAAAAAAAAAGAAGGUUAGGUUACUAGCUUGUACUUGAUAAAUGAGCAGACAAAUGUGGGUAAUAAAUUAAUAAUUCUUAGGAGUUCUGCUGCAUAAUCUUCAAUGAAACCUGAACAGUAAA